UUUUUUUUUUGUAUAUGUGAUUUGAACCUUUUGUGUCGCAUACAAGGCCACUAAAAAGAAAGAAAUAAAAAGCUAGAGUGGGACAGAAAUAAUUACAGAAUGUGGCGCGGUGGGCAUCUUUAAGGUACAGAGUUUAACUUUUUUGUUUCCUUUUUUUUUUCUUCUUCUUCUCUUUGUUUGUUCUAUUUUAUGAUUUCUUCUUUUAUCAAGUGAUGAUCCAUCCAUUCAGUUUACUGGUUUUCAUCAUCACUUUAUGUUUUAUUUGUGUGCAAAGUGAUUCGUUACCUCCAUUGUAUAAACAUGGAUGCGUGAUUUUGGCCAAUCAAAAGAUAUAUUGUUAUGGAGGUGCUAAUCGUCAAGGAAAUGCAGGUUUCUCAAAUCAAACUUUAUCAUGGUUCGAUAGUGAAAUUUACAAUCAUCAUGUCUAUCUUGAUGUUUCCAAACCAUUGAACGUAUCUUCUGCCAAUACACAAUGGCAACCUAUUCCGCCACCCAGCAACAAUUUUCAACUGGAACCACGUUCUGAUUUUGCCAUGGUCAAUCAUAACGAUACAGGAUACACCAUCAUUGGUGGUUCUGGACCUUCCACCAAUCAUGGCGAUCAGAGCCUUAUCAAUAUCACUACAACCUAUGAUUCAAUUUUGAAUGCUUGGAAAACCAUCAAACCUUCAAACACAUCUGCACCCACAUGGAACAUGUCGAUGGAAGUGCAAACGUUUGGUGUUCGGGCCGUCAAGGUGAAUAGCACUCAAUUCUUUAUCGCUGGCGGCGUUCCCCCUAAUAACAAUACUAUCAUUGAAGCAAACACCACUUAUGUCGAGGAUCCCAAUUGGGGUACCAUGAAUGUCUUUACUGAUCCUAUUACAAGCGGCGGCAACCUGUUUCCUGAAACUUCGCGUAUCUACCGGCCUGCUUUAGCUACAAGUAGGGAUGGCAAUGUCUAUAUCUUUGGUGGAGCUCAACCAUUCAAUGUCACAGACAAUCGUGAUUAUAUGACUCUCAGAGAAUAUUAUGUCUUCGAUGAUACAAUAGUAUGGUAUCCAUUCAAAAACCAAUCAUUCAACACCGUCAAGGCCAGCAAUCCAGAUAGUGUUCCCACUCCUCGAGAACUUCAUACAGCUACUAGCAUUCCUAAUACAAGCACAAUGCUUCUUUAUGGUGGUGUCCUUAGCGAUGGAGCCAGUCGUGAUUUUUGUUAUACCUAUGAUACUGCGUCUGGAAUUUGGACUAUAGCCAACUUUACGAAUGGUGAUGGCGCUGGACGUCGAUAUGGUCAUCAAGUGGUGAUGGUGGGCAAUGACUUGCUUUACAUUAUUGGAGGUAUCGAUAUUACCAACACUGUCCAAAACGAUGUACAUAUCUUGAAUGUCACCAGUAUGACUUGGCUAAAUGGAUCCUAUACCAAUACUUACGAUCAAAUGAACGGUAUCUCUUCUUCAUCUGACGACAACAGCAAUAAUAAUAAUGGAAAUGGAUCAUCAUCUCUUAGUGGAGGCGCUAUUGCUGGUAUUGUUAUUGGAUGUGUUGCUGCUUUGGCUCUAGGUACCGCGGCUGCUGUGAUCUUUUAUAUGCAACGCAAAAGGAAGGAAUUGUUGGCAUCUGGUGCUGCUCCUGCUGGCUUUGCUCCCACGACACCCUCGACGACAAAGAAUACAAAGGAAUACAACACGACAAAUACUCCUGGAUCCCCAAUCAAUGAUGGCUCCACCACUCUUUAUUCAUCAAAUCCUGCUGAAGGCACAUCUGGUCACGUUCCUACUCCUGGCACCAUAAAACCGAGCAUAUAGUAGCUUCUGCCACCUCUACGUUGUAUUUUUUUUUAUAUACCUACCGUCUAUUUUACACCAUCAAUUUUCUUUAUUCCCUUUUUUUUAUAUUUUAAUAAAUAAAAAUAGUCUAUCUAUUCUAACAUAGUCUAUCUAUUCUAACAAUUGGUUACGGGCUGGUGACAGAGAAAGGAUCGUUGAUUAUGGAUGAAAAAUUUGAUAUUCCUGAAC